GCCCACGUCACGAUUCUAGCUCUCUCUUACCUGAUAACUCUCUCUCUACGUGGUCUACGCAUAUUUUAGCUAUAAUAUCCGCGUGCGUUUACAGAGAGAUACGGAAAAGCGAGCGAGCGAGCAAGAGAGAGAGAGAGAGAGAGAGAGAGAGAGAGCAGGCGGGGGUGUAGAUAAUGAGGGAGUCAGAGGGCAGAUACUAGCUAUCUCCAGUCCUCACAAUCAGCCUUGUGUUUCUACACGCUGCCUGCCAGUCUUCAAGGAGAACAAGAAAGGGCGUGCGUCUAGGCACUGGCGAAGAACCAAAUUCAGCUAUCAUGCACAGAUUAGCUCGUUGCUGAAAACGUUUAAUCAUUGCGAAGGGCUUGUGUGAGAGAUGGCUCCGGGAGUUGGCCAGUGCACUUCCAUGCAGAGGUAGAGUAGCCUAUACGCCGAUGCUGCUACUCUCUGCACGAUGAGUGUAGCCCUGCAAGACCUGCGGAACACCAUGUCCAACUACAGGCGUGCUACCUUUGAGGAGGAGGAGGGUCCUGAGAUCCCUGUCGAUGGGACCAUCUCUCCCGACAGCGUGGAGGUGGGGUUCCGACGGGGCGGGAUCCAGCUGAUGGGCCCUCUGGGCCGGCGGACGCAGCUGGAGGUGGUUCUGGCGGGCCUGCUGCUAGCCUCCCUGCUGGCGCUGUUCGGCUGUGCCGUCACACUGGGCAUUCGCUACAACAGAGAUCCAGCCCGCAGCUUGUGCCUGACAGAGGCGUGUGUGACCGUGGCCAGUAAGAUCGUGGAGGCUCUGGACCGCAGCGUGGACCCGUGCCAGGACUUCUACCAGUACGCCUGCGGAGGCUGGAACCGCAAGAACCCGCUGCCCGACGGACGCUCCCGUUGGAACACCUUCAACAGCAUCUGGGACCAGAACCAAGCUGUGCUCAAACACCUGCUGGAGAACGGCACGUUUAACUCCAGCAGUGACGCUGAGAGGAAGGCCCAGAACUACUACCUGUCCUGUCUGAACGAGCAGCGCAUCGAGGAGCUGGCGGCCCAGCCUCUCAUUGACCUCAUCACCAAGACUGGGGGCUGGAACAUCACCGGGCCCUGGGACAAGGACAACUUCAUGGAGGUCCUGAAGAUCGUGUCCGGACCGUACCGCGCUCAGCCGUUCUUCACCAUCGGAGUCAGCGUGGAUCCCAAGAACUCCAACAGCAACAUCAUCCAGGUGGACCAGUCAGGACUCUUCCUGCCAUCACGUGACUAUUACCUCAACAAGACAGCCAAUGAGAAGGUUCUGAAGGCCUACCUGGACUAUAUGGUGGAGCUGGGCCUGCUGUUGGGUGGGCAGAAGAACUCCACUCUGGCCCAGAUGCAGCAGAUCCUGGACUUUGAGACGGCCAUGGCCAACAUCACUGUCCCACAGGACGAGCGCCGGGACGAGGAGAAGAUCUACCACAAGAUCACUAUAGCAGAGCUGCAGUUGCUGGCCCCAGCGGUGGAUUGGCUGGACUACCUGAACUCUGCGCUGUCGCCGCUGGAGUUGAACGACACCGAGCCGGUGGUGGUGUACGCCAAGGAGUACCUGCAGCAGGUGUCCGACCUCAUCAACAAGACGGACCGCAGUCUGCUGAAUAACUACAUGAUCUGGAACCUGGUGCAGAAGGGGGCGUCCAGUCUUGACCAGCGCUUUGAGAACGCUCAGGACAAGCUGCUGGAGAGUCUCUAUGGCACCAAGAAGUCAUGCACACCUCGGUGGCAGACUUGCAUCGGGAACUCGGACGACACGCUGGGAUUCGCCCUCGGCGCCCUCUUUGUCAAAGCCACGUUCGAUAAACAGAGCAAGGAGAUCGCAGAGGAGAUGAUCAAUGGGAUCCGCUCUGCGUUUAAGGAGUCCCUGAACAAUCUGCACUGGAUGGAUGACCAGACUCGACAGGCAGCCAAGGACAAGGCUGAUGCCAUCUAUGACAUGAUCGGAUUUCCUGAUUUCAUCCUGGACUCUAAGGAGCUGGAUGAUGUCUAUGAUGGGUAUGACGUGUCUGAGGACAACUUCUUCCAGAACAUGCUGAACUUCUACAACUUCUCCGCCCGUGUGAUGGCCGACCAGUUGCGCAAGCCCCCCAAUAGAGACCAGUGGAGCAUGACUCCUCCCACAGUCAACGCCUACUACAUGCCCACCAAGAAUGGCAUUGUGUUCCCCGCAGGCAUCCUACAGGCACCUUUUUAUGCCCACGACCACCCCAAAGCCUUGAACUUUGGAGGCAUUGGAGUUGUCAUGGGGCAUGAGCUCACUCAUGCGUUCGAUGACCAAGGGAGAGAGUAUGACAAGGACGGGAACCUUCGACCGUGGUGGCAGAAUACCUCUGUGGACGCCUUUAAGAACCGGACCGAGUGCAUGGUUGAUCAGUACUCCCAGUACACCAUCAACGGAGAGCGCAUCAACGGCAAACAGACCCUUGGAGAGAACAUCGCUGACAAUGGAGGCCUCAAGGCUGCGUAUCAUGCCUACAAGGCCUGGGUGCAGACCUACGGAGAGGAGAAGAGACUCCCAGCUGUGAACCUCACCAAUGACCAGCUGUUCUUCGUGGGCUUCGCACAGGUGUGGUGUUCAGUGCGGACCCCAGAGAGCGCCCACGAGGGCCUGAUGACCGACUCCCACAGCCCGCCUAAGUACCGCGUCAUCGGCACCCUGUCCAACUCGCCAGACUUUGCCCAGCACUUCCAGUGCCCUCGCGGCUCCCUCAUGAACUCGGGCCACCGCUGCGAGGUCUGGUAGUGCCGUCUGCCCGCACCCAUCCAGGGUGGUGGGGGGGACGCCCGUCUGCUCCUGCAGAAAACUGAGGAAAUGGACAGAUUUCUAAGCACUGGACUUUUUCUUUCUGAUGUUGUUGUUGCUGUUGUCAUUGUUGUUGUUUUGUCCCUUUGAAAAUGAUGCUGGAUUCUGAACAAUGAUUUCUGGUGGAGAAUCAGGACUCGAGGAGACUAGAGAGAGCGCACCCUGAUGAGUGAUGUUUGUAUUUUCCAGUGUUUGGGGGUCGCCGUAGCUUUCUCUCUUUCUCUUUCUCUUUCUCUCUCUUUCUCUCUCUCCCUCUCCCUCUCUUUCUUUUAUCUUCAUCUCUAUCUCUACUUUCUGCAGAGCCCCAGCAGGCGUGUUUUAUUUAUUGUUUGCUGGACUGACGAGCAGAGGAAGAGAGCAGGGGUCUGAGAACCGGAUCCCAUCCUGCCCUCAACACUCUGUGCUUCUGGGUUUAUUGUUUUGCUCUGUGCCCUGUUUACAACCUCAUCCUCUGGUGGACUAAAAAAAAAAAAAAAAGACGACGACUGCGAGGUCACAGGUUGAAGGUCAUGACAUCGAAGCGUUCGGUCUUUGUGACUUCAUAAGAAGUGACUUCACAGGAAGUGCUCUGUAGUGUCUGUGACCUCACAGGAAGUGUUCAACUGCUUACUGUGCAACCUCAAAAGGGCAUGCCAUGUUCCUCUUGGAUGGUAAUUAAGAAAUGCAGGGGUGUCCACCACUAGCUUCUCUGCCUUCACUGGUGUGUGUGUGGCUGUGUGUGUGUGUGGCUGUGUGUGUGUGUGUGGCUGUGUGUAGGUGUGUCCUGACAUUGGCAUAUUUUAUUGUGGACAAGGUUGAAAUGACACUCAUUUCAAACUGCUUCUUGCCAAAGAAUGUCUUUUUUGUGUGUUUUUUUUCUUCUCUUCUUUGUUACCAGUGUUCUGUUGGUGUUCUGCUGUUCCACGUCUAAUACCAUCAACCCUAUUCGCUUGUACUCAGUGGAGACUCCGUUAGAGCCCAUUGUGUGUAGGGUGGGAUUAGGACUCUUGGCUCAUAUUUGAGGGUAGCAACAUGGUUUUCAAAGCCCAAUUGUGACUGUGCAUCCAAACAUGUUCAAGGUUAAAGUAGACUGACCAUUAUAACACACACGCAUUGACUUGCAUUGCUGCGCCCCCGAAAAGAAUGCAUGUCAAUGAAUGAGAGCGAGCGUGCUAAUGGGCUGGCCUCAGGUUCAGUGUAAUUUCAGAAGUGUUUGGCUACACAGAUUGUAGUAUUGGUACAUUAACAUCAUGUUGUCAUCCUUGAAAUACAGCCCUGUGUGUGUGUGUGUGUGUGUGUGUGUGUGUGUGUGUGUGUGUGUGUGUGUGUGGGGACAUCUGUGGACAAAGAUUUAUUGUGUGUUGCUGUGCAGUCACGCCCCUUGAAACUGCAUUGACGUAAUAACUGAUGUCAGGUCUGCUGAAGUGAUGUCAAACGUUGUGCUCCAAAUGCCACUAAUGAAAACGAGAGAAGAGGUUUUUUAGUUUUUCUUUUCUCCUGUGCUCUCACACAGCCUUUCAUUGCUGGGCAAAGUCUCUCUAGAUGUGCGUUGUGAAUUAGUUUAGUUGUGUGGCCAAACCACACGAUACAUUUUGCCUACCAUGUGUGUUACUGCAGGGGGGUAUUCCAAUCACGUGGUUUAGUGACUAUAACCCGGAUAGGUUAACUCUGAGUAAGUGGUAAACCUCCAAAAAGAGAGUCCUAUGGCUUCAAUCUCCUAGCAGAACAAAGCCAUAGGGCACUUCUUUUAGUUCACUUAUCCGGGUUAGUCACUACACCGUGUACUUGGAAUACCCCCUCUAGUGAAAGGCUGACAAAAGUCUUUGAUCUGACUAACUUUCUCUGGCACCUGUGACACUGUAGGACUGCGUCUCCACACAGGCUGCUUUUACACAUUGCCACAGUGAAGACAUAACACAUUCAUACACAGUACGUGUCUUUUCCGAUGUUUCCGUUCUUUGUUUGUUUAGUGCUUGAGGGCAGAAAGGAACCAAAACCCUUUAGACGAGGCAAACACAUCCCACCUCUGUGGCUCCCCCUGGUGGUGUUUGGGUGUCUGUGUGUGAACCCUGACAUUCCCUUACAAUCAGUGACCUGUCUUGCCAGCGAGAGGGCCGUCACAGGUCAGCCUUCCUCGUCUAUCACCCCCACAAGUCACAGCACCUAAAAUGACCAAACUGUCAAUUUAUGUGGGCAUUCUUACAAACUACCGGACGUGUCAAUCACGUGUUACCGUUCUCAGUGGGAAGGGGUGCACAGUUGAAGUAAAAUAGUCUCUGACGCCCUAUGGCUGCUUACUGUGCGGGGGUCAAAAGAAUGGAGCAGGGUGGAGGUCACAUGCUGGGGUGAAAGGUCAUUUGGGUUGGAAUUUGGGGUGGGUUGUAGGGGUUAGCCUUAAAUAACUGCAGAGUGAUUAUGUAGAUAGUAAAUGAAGAAAAAUAUAUAUAUAAAUAUAUAUUUAAAGUGCAAACAUAAUUGAAAACUUGAAGUGUGUAAAAGCCUUUUAAUUAGCCAACUCAUGCCAUUAAGUGUUUAUGGACUCUUUCUGGACUGUAGUGCUGUGUGUCUUUCUCAUUUCCUCCUCUUUAAGUUCAGCCCUGAUGCUGGGUCGUCUACCAGUCAGGGCUCCGGCACCAAUUAGUCCCAGGAAGACGCGAGGCACAAUGAGAGAUGCCAGUUCAUCCCAAAUAGUUUCUCUGUCAUCCUGAAUGCUGCCGAGUUCAGCCAGGGGUGAGUGGCAGCCCGGAUAGUAGCUGGUUCUGACCCAGACCCACUUUGGCUUCUAUCCAGGAGUGCUGCUUUUGUUUGUUUGUUUGUUUGUUUUUAUGUGCCAUUAAGGACGGUGGUAAAUGCCAUAUGAUUCAACAGGGCAGGCUAAGGCCAUGAUUGAUGUGUUCACAUAAUCAUGUUGUGGAGUGUUGCCUUAUUUAAUUUAACAAGCAUACAUGCUCUUAAUUGUCUUAAGCAUCAUGUUUCUUCUCCCUCUUACCAUUUUGGUUUGUUUGUUUUAUCUUUGUAUUGAUGUAAAACUGUAAAGUAUUUUACUCCGAAUGUCGGAAUUCUUUCUUUUUUUAUUAUUAAAAUUGCCCACCUUUCUAGCCCAGGACAAUGUGCCACCCAGCCUGUAGUACAACAUUCCAUAUAGUACACACCUGUAAACAGAGAAAAGGAACUGAAAUAAAGUAUAUACAUUGUA